GUGUAUACUAUUCAAUGUAUUAUAUGACCUAAACUGUAUUAAUAAACAUGGCACUUAUUAGAUAAAUAAAAUUUGAAAUGAAGAUUGUUAUAAAGAAUGGUAAUAAAGAUAUCGACACUAAACCAAAAAAAAAUGCUCUAAAGGUCACAAACAAAACUAUUUUAAAGCCAAAUAUUACCAAGAAUGUUGACAGAAAUCUGCUAAACCUAGCAUUUGAUAACUCCUCCACUACCGAUGAUCGCAUUGAACCGACUGUUCGUAUAGAAUCACACCAAAAAAAUUUUAAUACUAAAAGACUGAAAUUGGAUGAAAUAGAAGGUAAAUACUAUUCUGAUAGAAGCACUAAGUAUCUGAAAAAUGUCGAUAAAGAGUUAGAUCCAUCAUUAUACCUAUACGAUGAAUAUGUAGACGAAGACACCGUUGAAAAGGAAGCUACAAAGUUCACAUAUUUAGGAUAUUCUCCGGAUAAGAUUAAAGAUACUAACGAAAAUAAUGAUAACGAUGUAAAGAAUAAGCAGAGGACUAAGGAACCUCAGUAUAUGGCGAAGAUACUCGAUAGAGCGAGGAAGCGCCAAAUCGAACGCGAAAUAGCAUUAGAUAAAAAACUUCUAGAAGAUGAACUGGCAACUAACGGAGCUAUUGCUGAAGUAUUCGUUACAGGUGCCUACAGGAAGAAGCUAGAAGAGAGAAAACAGUUUGAAUUGGAACAACAAAAGCAAAACCAAUUUGAUGCGAUCCACAGCAAUAACGGCCUCUCAAACUUCCACAAACACCUUUUGAGUUCUGGAAUUGCCAAGAGGUCAGCAAAAGGCCCCAAAUAA